AUGACAUUAGUUUGUAUUUUAUCAUCUGAUUAUUUUCUUUUAAUUGGAUCACUUUUUUUUUUAGUUGAUGUAAAACCAGUUUCUUUGAAUCAAUCAGUUGAAUAUCGUUCUCAUGUUGAACCUGGUCUAUUUGCUACAUCUUAUCGAGGUGUAAAAUACAUCAAUGAUUUAGUAGCUGAUGCUGAAGUAGAAAAACUUAAUCCUGUGAUGUCACGUGAUGAUGAAAUUCAACAAUGUAUUGAAAUUUUAACAAGACAGACAAAGAAUAAUCCUAUUUUAAUUGGAAAAUCCAAUGUUGAAAAGAAAGCUAUUGUUAAAGGUUUGGCAAAAUUUAUUUUUGAUCAAAAUAUUCCUGAUACAUUACCAAAACAUUUAAUUGAGUUGGAUAUGAAGUUAUUAGAUGUUGAUACAAGUCAUCGUGAUGCAUUCGAUGAACGUCUCAAAUCGAUUUUAAAAGAUAUUGAUAAUUUAAAUAGUAAUAUUAUUUUAUUUAUUGAUCAAAUACAUUUAGUUCUUGAUGUUGAAAAAACAGAAGAUACAAUCAAUGCAUCAGAUAUAUUAAGAUCAUUAUUAGCUCGAGGUCAACUUCAUUGUAUUGGUGCAACAUCAUUAGAAAAGUAUCAACAAUUUAUUGAAAAACAUCCAGAAAAUGAAAGAUAUUUUCAAGAAUUUUUUGUGAAAGAGUCAUUAAUUGAUAAUUACUUUCCAAUUUUAUCUGAUCUUCAAGAUUGUGAUGAAUCGUAUUUUUCUGUUAACCAAUGGACUGAUAUUCUAAAGAAAGAAUCAUCUCAAACAGAAGAUGAUCGUUUAUUAAAAUUAACUGAAAAUUUACGAAAAAAAAGUCCAACUGGUGUUGGUAAAACAGAAUUAGCAAAAACAUUAGCAUUCGAACUAUUUAAUUCAACAAGAUCAAUGAUUUCUAUUAAUAUGAUUAAAUGUGUAGAUAUUCAAUCGGUUAAAGAAUUAAUUGGUAUUUCAUCAGACGAUGCUUCUUGUCAAAGAAAUAUUUCAUUAAUUGAAUUUGUUCGCCAACAAUCGUAUUCUAUUAUUUUAUUUGACCAGAUUGAAAAAGCAUAUUCAAAACCUUGGAGUUUUUUAUUAAAUAUCAUAAAUAAUGGUUAUCUUAAUGAUGAAAAUGGUGAAAUAGUUGAUUUUAAAAAUACAAUUGUUAUAUUUACAUCAAAUAUUAGUGUACAAAUUAUUUCUGAAAGAAUUCAAAAUUCAUCAUCAGCAACGAAUAAUACUGAUGAAAAAUUAUCUCAAUCGAUAAAAGAUGAAGUUAUGAAAAAAGUACAUUUAUGCUUGGAAUUCGAACUUUUAAAUCGUUUAAAUAAUAUUGUUUUUUUUACACCUCUUACUAUUAAUCAUCUUUCUUCUAUCAUUUCUCUUCAAUUAAAAUCAAUUGAAGAGCAUUUCAAAAAUCAAUUUAUUACCAUCAGUUUAACAGAUAAAGCUAUUCAAUCAUUUAUCAACAAAAACUAUAAUCCAAAUCAUCGUACUCAUAAGCAAUCGGAUGAAAAAUCCAUCAUAGAUAUAGAUAAUGGUGACAAUCAAUUUAAUAUUAAAGAUCACAAUCAAAAUUCACCUUUAGUUUCAUCAAAACAAAUGAAAAAAUCACCAAGUGAAGAAAAAUAUUUAUCUAAUCAUUGA